CAUUGCGUUUGAUCAAUCAGUCAAUCAUUUUAUCGAUUGUGAUUGAGCAAUCCACGGUGCUUGAUCCUAGGAGCCAACCCGGCGCGGGUUUCACGUGCGGUGGCCUGCGCAGAGUCACUUCCUCCUCACAUCAAAGACGGAUUCACAACGCUAUCUUUCUUCCUUCUACAAGCUCUCCUGCAGUUGCCAAGGACCUUUUAUUCAUGAGAAGAAGAAACAUCAAGAGACCAUCGACUGCCCACAAAGCACAGACAACGGCAAGCAUGAAUGCGAGACUCUCAACCGACGACGUCAUCUCUAUUUCUUCGUCGUCUGACUCCGAUUCUGACUGCCGAAUUGUGAGAGUCGUUCCAUCGCCCAGUAAACGAGGCAAGAACAAAACGGCGAGAUGGGAGAGCAAGCCUUCCACUGUUAUCAGGUGGAAGAGAGAAGCGGCUAUGACGGGACGCAGAGGCAGGGAGAUGAUGACUCGUCAACGCGGCAAGGCAGAUGAUAAAGAUCGUCUUGGCACGAAGUCGACCUCAAGGGUAUACAGAAAGUGGUUGACUGAGGACUCGAUGGAAAGACGCAGGGAUGCCGUUUGUGAUGGUCGUCUCCAGGGUACGAAGCAGACGCUUCUCAGGGACGGUCACUUGUCUGUUACGGGAGAAGAUGCCCAAGCGAACCACCAGCACUCUGUCGAUCCGAACCUGUCAACCGCAUCAUUUCCGUUCUUGUCUCAAGGCUCGCAACGCAGACUGGAAGUUCGGCAUCAAGGAGGAGAUGAUCAUAGGGGUGCGCGUUCGAGGUCUUGCUCCACGGCGACUCUCGACUUUUCUCCCAGAAUGCGCGCCGCUCUACUUGAAGACGAUACGGAUGGGGGGAGGGAUAAACAGGAACUGUUCAGCAUGCUCGAUGGGUCAUCCGAUACGAUCGAGUUUGAUGAUGCACCACGCUGUCUGGAGUGGAACUCUGGAGGAGCUGUAUCGCCAAGCAACGCCUACCCUACGCCAUCUCUAGAAACUAUGCUGAAAGGGGAGUCGAAUGCAGAUGGAGCUCGAUUGACAAGAAAGCGUCGAUCUCGUCACAAGUCCCAUGCAAAUGAUGAUCCGUCCAGAUCGACAGGCGGUUCGCGACAUCGCAUAAGCGCAUGGGCAGCCGCUCAGAGAGAUCGCCAUCAGCUGCCCCCGAUCAGAAGUGGUCCGAUGUGGGAGUCCAUCAUCAACGUCGGUGCUUUCAGCGCUCUGCCAGGGCCAUUGUUUACUCGGCCGAAAAGGGUGCUGCGUGAGGUUACCUAUGAGGACACCAUGAGAGAGAGAGCGAGGAGAAAGAGGAAGCAAGAGCUGACUAUGUGA